AUGACGAACCGUCCCUCAGAGCACUUUCACAUUCCUGGCGAGGACGAGGAGACCGAGGAGCAGAUCGCCUACGAGAGGGAGAUCCUAGCACAGCACUACCACGAGGAUGCAGACCAAGAAGCCGCCAAUGAACAUACUUCAGAGCGGUCCCUCAGUCGCGGCCUUAGGCAUUCCAAGAAGGGCAGCAGCAGCGGGUCGGGUCUUCGGACUCAGCUCAAGGGCUUCGUCAGGGACCUGAAAGCCACCUCGCAGUCGGCGGCAAGGCUCGCCUCCCUGGAGUCAAGGCUGACCAAGGAGUUGGACGAUCCCGCCCGCUUCCCUGAGAUUGCCCGCCAGGCCGUUGUCAGGAAGGGCCUAGAUCUCUGUCCCAGAGAGACAGCGUACGUCGCUGCGCGCAGGGCGAGGAUCAGGGAGAAAUUCGCCAGGUACAUGGGCUUGGAUGCGACGCAAGUGCACGCUGAUGACAUUCCCACUGUUGCCUUUGGCGGCUCCGGGGGCGGCUACCGCGCCAUGUUGGCAUUCCUGGGAUACUCGCUCGCGAUGAAGGAGGCCGGCAUGUGGGAUCUUCUUACCUAUGUCGCGGGGGUGUCGGGUUCUUGUUGGGCGAUUGCCGCGUACUAUACCUUCGGAGAGGCAGACAUGGAAAGGGUCAUCGACCACUGCAAGAAGAGGCUUGCGCCGCACCACCCUCUGUCGCCCGACGCAGUCAAGAAGCUGCUGAGCUCACCCAAGGGCCAUUACGAAACCCUCGGUCCGUUGGUCCAGAAGAGCAAGAGUGGCCUACACACUGUACCCAUGGAUUUGUACGCCGUGUUCACUACCGGGUACCUUUUCAUGCAGGAAGACCCGAUGAUCAACCCGAUGGGCACCGCUGCCUCCGAGGUGGCUGGUUACCACCAGGCGUGGUGGAAGUGGACGGAUGCGAAACGCCAUCUUGAGGAUGGCGCGGAGCCUCUCCCCAUCCUGACAGCCAUCAGGCACGAGCGCCCAUGGAAAGACUGGGUUGACGAGCACUACCCAUUCGGGAACCAGGACCCAAGGAGCGAGGAGCACCAGGACGCCUCAGACGCUUGGUGGCAGUGGUUUGAAAUAUCGCCCUACGAAAUCGGGUGCGACGAGCUCGAGGCGUGGUGCCCAACCUGGGGCUUCGGUCGCCAAUUCGAAGAUGGCAGGUCGGUCCGCGGUCUCCCGGAGCAGAGCCUCGCCUUGCUCCUGGGCCUGUGUACCAGCGCACCGGCUGGGCCUCUAUCGAGCUACCUCGCGACCGUGCAGAGGAACCUGCCCCAGAACUUCCUCGGCGACGCAAUCAACAACCUGGCGUCGGGCGUGGCGGCCAUGUGGGGGAAGCAGGACACUGCCGUCUUUACCAACCAUCACCCCCUACACGCAUCGAACGAGCACAACUUCUUGUAUCACCUCACGCCGACCCCGCCGGGAUCGUCGCGGACGCCAGGGAUAGAAAACUCGCCGAGGAUUCACCUUCUUGACAGCGGAAUGGAUAAUAAUUGCCCAACGUACGUGAUGCUCCACCCUUCGCGCAAGACAGACGUGAUCCUCAACAUGGACGCCUCCUCCGAUGUGCAGAAAGACUCCUUCCAGCAGCGAGUAAGCCAAAUCGGCCUGCGCCGUGGCCUGGACUUCCGCAAGCGCCGCCCCAACCUCAAGCCGCCGCCUCCUCCCGACAGCCCAGAAGCCAGCGACCCGGACCGCUUCCAGGGCCUGUACGCACAGAUCUACGACGGCGCCCGCACCAGCGGCGAGCGGCCGGCCACCGUAGUGGACUCGUACGGCCAGACCGUUGCUAACCCGCCGGCACCGGCAGCAGAGCAGGACUGCACGAUGGUGUACCUGCCGCUGCUGCCGAACGAGAGGGCGGUGCCGGGCUACGACCCCAGCACGGCCAAAUUCUCCGGGAGCUAUAACCUCGUGUGGACGCCGGAGCAGGUCGAGAUGAUCAUCAGGACCAGCGUGGCCAAUUUCCAGGCCGGGCAGGACACGGUCAGGGAGGCACUGUUUGAUGCAUGGCAAAGGAAGAAAGCGACGCGUGAGGCCGGCGAGAGGGCUGCAGGGGCUGUAUCAUCGUAG